UAAUUGGCCAAAGGUGUACACUGGGAAAACACUAAAAGGAAAGAACACGGUGAUUUGCAGCACAGAUUAUGAACGGUGACGCAAAACAAGUGGUGCGGGGACUGCAAACUGGGCUUCCCUUUGGGAUGUUGAAAGCUCUCGGCCAAGGAAAGGCGAAGCGAGACCAUGGGCCAAGAUGAAGCCCAUGGAGGCCUAAGCUACCAAUUCUUAUCAUCGAAGACUUGAUCAACAGCCGCAUCAUGGAUGAUGGGAAGGUGAAGUGUGUUCGGUUGAUCAGCAUUUUCGUGGUGACCGGUUUCCUGUGCGUCGCACUGUUCCUGCGAUUCGUCUGGGAAAACCCGAUCUCAGACACCUUGAUAAUCUUGCUGUCGGUGCUGCUCCUCUGCUGCCUGGUCGAAUGGUGCUGGAAACCUACCCUGUUCCUGAAGUGCUCCUCCGACAACGGUCCAACAGACGACGACGCCGUUCCGAUCGAACCGAAUACGCCUUUGGUUUACGCGGAAGAACCACCUUCGUAUGACCAAGUCAUCCUACAAGAUCGUCAGUCGAGUCUGCUCUCUCUGGCAGAAUUGCAAGGCUCGACACAACUUCAAGGCUCUGUGCCGGGACAUGAACCCCAAACUGAGGAGGGGGCGAGUGAGGUCCACAGCUCAGGUCACGGGGUUCCUCCAGCAUAUUCGCCGUACUUUGUAGCGGACGAAAUCCAGCUGUCAGUAGAUGGACUGCCUAGUUAUAAUGACGCUGUUGCUUCGAUGCAGGAGACUACACGUCACAGAUCGGAAUCCAAUUCUAAUAACGGAUACUCAGUAUUCAUAUAGUGUUGUGAUUUUGAUGUAAAAGCUUGAACUUAUGCUUUAAAAGGGAUAAGUAAUAAUCUGUGAGUGUUGCUUUUUAACUAGUAAAAAUGAUAGACAGAAUGAUUAAUCUGCCUAAAGAGGGUCAUUUUUAAAGCCUAGAUCAGGCAUAAAUGAUAUAUUAAAUGAGCAAUACAACGAAUGCAACAAGCUUUUUCAGAAGCCCUCCAAAUGUUCACUUUUAUGCAACUUUAUUUCACACCAAAUUCAAUACACAGGAAAUAAGAACUAGAAUAUAAGGAACGAUAAAACUUGAAA